AUGGCCACUGCAGAAGUCCAACAGCAACCCGCUCAAGAGCCCGCGCCAGCCUUACCAGACUAUCUCACCGACCCCGAUGCGGUCCUCAAGGAUCAAGAUGCAAAGUGGCGAUACGGUAGGGCGCCAGACUACUCCAAGACACGGAAAGUCUUUACAGAGACAAAGCAAAUGACGCACGAAGCCAACUCGCUCCCCUCGCUCGUCCAAAACCUCGUCAAAAACUGGGAAGUCGAAGCGUCCUUCAAGCCCGUCCUAUCCGACUGGCGCACCAUCGACCACGAAAACUACUCCUUCGCCAUCAACGGCGGCGCGCCCGAAGGCGCAGAAGCAAUGCUAAAGGUAGGUACGUACAACGCCAUCAUCGCGCCGAACGAGUACUACUCGCCCGCGCACAGCGACUUUGCGUCCUCGCACAAGACGUUCAAGCGCAUGAUGCCCACGUUUGCAUGGGAGGUGCUGGAAGUCUACAGUGGGCCGCCGACGGUCAGUUUCCGCUGGCGACACUGGGGCACCAUGAAGAACGAUUACGUCGGGCUGAAUGAUAAGGGGGAGAAGGUUACGGCCAAGGCGCAUGGUGGUGUGAUUGAUAUCCAGGGUGUUACGGUUGCGAGUGUGAAUGCGAAGGUGCAGUUGCAGAGUGUGCGGACUUGGUUCGAUCCUAUGGAUAUGUUUCGCCAGAUUGAUCCGGAUGGGGUGGUCAAGAGGGAGGUUGUUCCUCGGGGCGUGGCGCCUGCUGAUGCGGUUGAUGAGGCGCAGGCUGGUGUUGAGGUGCCGGGGGAGCAGACGCUGCCGGAUCGAACGGUUCAGACGGUAGAAGAGGCGAAGCAAACGGAGGUGAAGAUGGAUAGCGAAUCGAGUGAGGCGUCGAGGGCUCAGGAGCUUCCUGCUGGGCAUGCUCUUGUUUCUGAGAAUGGGACAGGUAAUGCUGGGGUCUGUCCUUUCAUAUCUCAGGUGUCUUGUUGA